CAAAAACCUCAUCGCGCUCCUUGGAGCCAACCAGAUCACCGCGUUCGCCUGCCACGCGCGGCGCCGCGAAAACACACUAACGCGAGCCCAACCCUCCGAACCGUGCGGCGUGCCCGGCGCCCGUGCUCCGCCGCGCGAUAUCGAUCGCAUGGCCUGCGCCGGCGCCGCGCGGAAGGUCUCGGCGGUGCUCUACCACUACCCGUGCCCGGACGGCGCGUUCGCCGCGCUCGCCGCCCACCUCUACUUCUCCGCCGCCGCCCGCCCCGUCCGCUUCUUCCCCAACACUGUCUACGACCCCAUCCGGAGUGAUUCACUUCCAUUGGAUGAAAUAGAAGAUGUUUACCUUCUUGAUUUUGUGGGACCUCCUGGUUUUGUCGAAGAUAUAGCCCCUAAGGUUGAAAGAGUAACAAUUCUAGACCAUCAUAAGACUGCUUUUGAGAGUUUGUGUGGGAAUUCCACACUGGGGCAAAAUGUGACCAAGGUGAUAGAUAUGCAGCGUAGUGGAGCAACAAUUGCAUUUGACUUCUUUAGAAACAAGCUCUUGACAGAAGCUAGCAUUUUAUGGGGUAGUGAAAGUGAUAAAGAUGUAGCUGAGAUCAAAUACGUACCGGACAACAAGGUUGAAACAGUGCACAAGCUUUUCAAGUUUAUUGAAGAUGGGGAUUUGUGGAGAUGGAAAAUUCCAAACAGCAAGGCCUUCAGCAGUGGACUAAAAGAUCUGGAUAUUGAAUUCAACGUCAAUGCAAACAGUAAAUUGUUUGAUCAGUUGUUGGAGUUGGAUCCUGAGCAUGUCAUUUCCCGCGGACAAGUGACAUUGUUUGAGAAACAAAGAUUAAUAGACGAUUGCCUAGGGAAGUCGUAUGAAAUUUCACUGGGAUGUGGCCAGUUUGGGAAUUGUCUGGCUGUUGAUGCCGAUUCUAUUUCAAAUUUGAGAAGCGAGCUUGGACAUCAACUAGCUAGCAAAAGCCGUAAUUUGAAUCUGAGAGGUAUUGGGGCUGUUGUAUACAAAGUCCCUGAGUUGAAUAAUGACCAGAUGCUGAAAAUAAGUCUAAGAAGUUUAGAACAAGAAGACACCACUUCAAUCUCUCAGGAAUAUGGUGGAGGGGGGCAUCGGAAUGCAAGCUCGUUUAUGUUGAGCAUUACCGAGUUUGACCAGUGGAAGGUUGGAGCUGAACCUUCUCAAACAAAAGCGGUGGAGGGUGCGACUGCGAAGUGAAGACCAAGACAAACUGGCGAAUUUGGAGGGGCAAGUCAGAAGCUGGACCGAGGAGUUCCUAUUGCAGCUAAGGGGCCGACCACCUGACGAAGACUUUCUCUAGCUCGGCUGUUUUUUCCCGUUUUGGUGUUGGCUUUAGCCCUUUUGCUUUUUGUGCUUCUAGUCGUUUAUGUAAAAAUGGCAUCCCCAGUAAAACUCAUGUACCCUUAUAUG